UAAACCGGAUAAACAUCCGUAAAUCCAGAUAAAAUAGCUUGUUGAAUAGUUAUGAAUGUGUCGUUAUCAACCCCCGUCACACACUUGAGCAAAAACAAGUGAUUACUAAAAUAAAACGUUCUCGACAACCAGGGGGCAAUGUUGGAACGUUUUUAACAUAGACUCAGUUCUUAUGUUUAGGGUGUAUAUCAAAACUUUUUUUUGUUUUGUUUUAGAACCGGCAUUCUUAAAGUGACCCUGAGCAUUAAUAUAUUUCUUUUAGUUCUGUUGGCGGAAAUAAAGACUAGGGCUGCUCAUGCUGCCUGUGCAUGAGCCGCUGCUUGGAGCGAGGAGGGUGCUUCCCGUCGGGGGCUGACGUCGGGGGUGGGUCUGUACCGCCGAUUUGCAGAAUGAAGCCAGAGGCGCCACGCGACGCUCUGCAGUUCAGCGGCAGUCCGGAGUCCGGGAGGCGCGUGGAGCGCGUGCGUUUGCUCUCUAGCUUCUCAUAUCACCCUGAGCCGUCAGUGGGACCAGCAGUCAUGUGUGAUGCGACUUCGCGCCUCUGAAGCGGAGGAGAGCGGCUUUCUCCCCAUUUGCCUGUGGCGCCGGGGCAGGCGACGGAUCCGUUUCCAGAGCGAGACGCGCGGAGAUCGCUCCUUCUACUGCAGCAAGGAGCAUCAGGUGGAAGACUGGAAAAAGCACCGGUUCAGCUGUAAGGAGGCCGAAAUAAUUCGGGCUUCGCCGAUGCCCAGAUCGCGGCAGGAGAGCACGGAUGAGAAAGCGGUACCGCAGAUGCCACAGAAGCCCUCAACGCGGCUUGACAGCCCGGCUGCCCCCAGCGCUCAAGGCGGCGAGAAAACCGGCGAGUGUAUCACAUGUGCGGGGUCUGACAGGACCAAUAACAACAAUGCUGCUAAAGCUAACGGGCGGAUGAAAUCCCAUCCGAGGAAAGUGGCUACGGAAUAUAUAAUCCCAUGCAUGAACAAGCACGGCAUGUGCGUGGUGGACAACUUUUUAGGAGAAGAGAUCGGGAUGUCCAUUUUGCAGGACGUGGUGGCCCUUCACGAGACUGGCAGAUUCACCGACGGGCAGCUGGUCAGCCAGAGGAGUGACUCUUCCAAAGACAUUCGCGGAGACAAAAUUACGUGGAUCGAAGGAAAGGAGCCCGGCUGCGAGCGCAUAAGUUUCCUGAUGAGUCGCAUGGACGAUUUGGUCAGGCACUGUAAUGGCAAACUGGGAAACUACAAAAUAAACGGUAGGACAAAAGUAAGUUGCACAACCAGCAGGUAAACU